AUGGCGAUAGCGAAUUCUUCCACUAGAAUACUCCGUGAUCGUGAUGACCUGAUAUUGGAAAUUCUGUCACGGCUUCCUGUAGAGAGUCUCAUGCGAUUUAGGUGCGUUUCAAAGACAUGGAAUUCCAUCAUCCUCAAUCCCGAUUUGGUGAAAUCGCAUCUUAAAAAGUCCUCCAAAAACCCACAAAUUCUCUUACUGGAGAAAAAGAUAGAAGAGAGGCAAUGUUUCUCUGCUGUUUUAAGCUCUUUACCUUGCUUAAUCCAAAACCCUACUUCCUCUUCCGCCGGUCGUAUCUUACGCUGCCCCAAACCCUAUAAAUAUUUAUUCGGUUCUUGCAACGGUUUGCUUUCCCUACAUUGUUCUCUUUCCACGUAUGAGUGUGAAGAGCACAUGGUCUGCUUUUUGAACCCUGCCACCAAGACUUGCUCCUUACCAUCACCAAGCUUGCGUCUCAAUUACGGCAUUGGUGUUCAAUAUGAUAUGAAUUUUGGGUUUGGGUACGAUGAUUGGAGGGACAGUUACAAGGUGGUGGCAAUGGUUUUGGAUUGGAGUACACAUCAAACGAGUGUGUGGGUUUACUGCAUGGGUGACGUACGUUGGAGACUUACUAUAAUGACCUCUCCGGCUUUUCUCACCAUUGACAGUAAUGGAUACUUUCUGAAUGGCACUGUUAACUGGUUAGGACAUUCUUCUAAAGAAUCGAAGCUACAAAUAUUUUCGUACGAUCUAAAGAACGAUACUAACAGAUAUUUGUCGGUGCCUGAACUCGUUCCUAAAGAUUCUGAAUUUAAUUCUAUGGGAAUUUUGAAUGAUUGUCUUUGUGUUUCUUUUGAUGAACGGAGGACAGUCUUUGUUGUAUUGACAUUGAAGGACACUGGAGACGACAGAUCUUGGAGUCAGUUGAUGAGUGUAAGUUAUGAAACUCUGAAUAUCUCUCCUUAUUACGAUUACCUGCGGACUUUGUGCAUGUGGGGUGAUCUUCUCUUGCUCACAUAUUCACAGCUUUGGGAUGAUUACGAUAUCAUCAUUAUCUUUAAUUUGAAGGAGAAUAAAGUAGAACGUACUCAAGCUUACUACAAGCACUCUCUCAGUCACAUCUUCUCCUGUCACUAUGUUCCAAGCUUGAUUUGA